AUGCCGUUUUUCCCACUUUUCUCGGCGGUUCUUCUGGCGGUAUCGAGUACGCGAGCAGCAUUCAUCGUUCCUUCUCAAAGCCGGAGCUCCCUCGUUCUUGAAAACAAGGUCGUUAGUCCGGAUGGAUUUUCUAGGGUCGCUGUCACCGUCAACGGCAAAUUCCCUUCUCCCAUUAUUUCGGCGAACAAGGGAGACAACUUCCAAAUAAACGUCGUGAACAAGCUCACCGACAAGAACAUACCUCGGGCAACCAGUGUUCACUUUCACGGACUGUUCAUGGUAAAGGAUAUCCUUUCGGCUUCCGAUCUUCGAGGCUCAAAGUGUACACAGGACCAGACGAGCUGGGCGGACGGCGCAGCAUUCGUUACUCAGUGCCCCAUCUCACCCAGCCAUUCCUUUUCAUACGAUUUCACCCCCAAGGGUCAGGCAGGAACCUUUUGGUAUCAUUCUCAUUUGCAACUUCAGUACUGCGAUGGUCUUCGCGGACCACUUAUUAUCUACGAUCCUCGGGAUCCUUACCAAGGUCUAUACGAUGUUGACGAUGAGAGCACCGUUGUCACCCUGGGCGAUUGGCUCCAUUUCACAUCGCGCAACUUACCCUUCCCACCCAUCUUCGACACCACUCUCGUUAACGGUCUUGGUCGCUUCGCUGGGGGACCUCUUUCUCCCUUGGCAGUCAUCAGCGUAAAGAAGGGGCUUCGGUACAGGUUCCGGCUACUCAAUAUCGCCUGCGACCCCGAUUUUGUGUUCGGCAUCCAGGGUCAUAGUAUGACCGUCAUCGAAGCGGACGGUGUUCUUACCCAAGCCCGCGUUGUCGAUUCCAUCCACAUCCACGUUGGACAGCGGUACUCAUUUGUCCUCAAUGCCGACCAGAAGAUCGAUAACUACUGGAUUCGCGCUAUCCCCAACUAUGUGCUAUCCUUCGUUAUGCUGGCGCCCCCCGUUAAGGACCCUGCCAACCCAAAUCUUCUCCUCCCUUCAAAUAAGCCACUCAAGGAAGCGGAUCUCGCUCCAUUCAUCCCCACGCCUGUGCCUGGCGUGCGUAAACUCGGCGCUGCAGACGUCUCGUUGAACCUUGCCAUUGAUGUCGAUGUGGUUGCGCAACUUUACACGAUCGGCGGCGCUACAUUCACUCCGCCGAGCGUCCCGGUUUUGUUGCAGAUCCUCUCUGGAGCUCAAACCGCUCAACAACUGUUGCCCAAAGGCAGCUUCUACACAUUGCCCAAGAACAAGGUCAUCGAAAUCUCCAUUCCAGGAGCCUCUGACCCAGCGGCUUCUCAACAUCCAUUCCAUCUCCACGGGCACAACUUCCAUGUUAUCCGUAGUGCGGGUACCACUAACUACAACUUUAUCAACCCGCCAGUCCGAGACGUUGUCAACAUCGGAACCGGGGCCGCGAAGGAUAAUGUCACGAUCCGAUUUGCCACGGACAACGACGGACCAUGGAUUUUGCACUGCCAUGUCGAUUUCCAUUUGAACGCUGGACUUGCUGUGGUUUUGGUUGAGGAUGCUCCCACCAUCCGCAAAGAGUCCAUCCCGAAGGCGUGGAACGACUUGUGCCCCAUCUACAACGCGUUGCCGGCUUCGGAGCUGUAG